GGUGGGAAGAACCAAGGUGUCCGGCUCCGGGGGUGGGGGCUGUGGGGGUGGGUUAGGAGGAGCUGGAGAAACCUAGAUUUACAUCCAAAAGGGACGUCUGGGGCCAUCUAAUGCAGCCCCAACGUUUUACAGUUGUGGAAACUCAGAUCCCGGAAGGUCUCAGAGAUUUGCCUAAAAUCACACCGGGCUUGUCAGUGGUAUCGAAGAGACCCCACUCCAACCUCCUUAAAAUUUACCUGUCCCUGAAGGUGACCUCAGAAACAGGUAUUGCACUUCUCCUGGGUUUGGGGAACGGUCCCCUGAAACUACGUCCUUUGAACUAUAAGCAGCAUCAGCUUCUGUGGUUUACAUCUUUGAAAGCAGACAAUUGGCCAAGGGGUACAAGAGAAUAUAAGAUUCUGCUGUAUUCAUUUGAUUCUAAAAAAACUUAUGCUUGCCAAAGAUAUUUUUUCUGUUUCAUGGAUGAUGUUCUGUAUAAAUGAAAGAAGAAUUCUCCACAGACUGUAAGGAUUGUCAGAGAUUACCUACUCCUCUCUGUUUGCCCUGCUUCCAGUGGGAUCCACCUAGCACAUCACCAAGGGGACCAAGGAGACCAGCAUCCUCAGUGCCAACAAUAUCAUAAACAGUUGCUGUCCAAGUAACCAAAUAGGAAGGGAUGUUGUGAGAAAAUCACUUUGCAAACUGUAAAGCACCACAUAAAUAUGAAACAUGAAUAGAGGAGACCUGCCAUUCAUUACAACUCAGAGAACUGACAUUGACAGUCUUGUAGUGCGGCUGAAAAAUGGAUUGAGUGGUUGCAAGUAUAAAGCAGUAGACUACCAGCAAUUACAUGCAAUUACUGAAGCAAAAAAACUAGAGUCUGCUUCUAUACAGUUAAAGAUUAAAAAAACAGAGCAGACUUCAAAGACAUCUAAAGACCAAAGGCUAUUAAAGCAACAUACGAAAGUAUGGUGGCAAGAGCACAAACGCCUCCAAGAACUCAGAUAUAAAACAGAAUCUGAGAUAAGAAAUUUUCUUGAUGAAGAAAACACUGAAAAUGAAUUUCAUUACAAUCUCAAGGAUUUUGAACUUGCAUUAUCAGAAAGCUGGAAUAAAUAUCUACAGAAUGUACUAGAACCUGUUUUCCAGUUGAGGGAAGAUUUGAAAUGCAAAUCUGAGGUGCUGUGUGACAGUUCAAAACUAUCUUCAUCAAAAAAUAUGCAGGAUGCACACAAGAUGUUAAAAGAGGUUGAAUUAGUAAAGAAACAAUUGAAGAUCAUUUUUAGAAGACUUACCAAUGAACAAAUGCUUUUGGAAAAUGAUGUUGUGUAUUGUGGAAUAGAAGAAGCAUUAAAUCAUCUUUCAGAAGAAAGAAUUGACCAGUAUCAUGAACUCCCUUUGGAGUUACAAACUUUGAGUUGCCCAUACCCUGAUUUGAAAUCUUCAAUCCUUAAGGAGUUUUUAAAAUUUACAGCAGAAUACCAGAAGAAACUUGAAGAAUUUGAGAAACAUUUGAAAACCAUACACAGGAACUUUAAAUUGAAUGAAGAAGACCAGUGGAUUUAUCAGACAGUUGUUGAUCAAUAUCCAAAAGAUAUUCAGGGAAGAAGAGCUCUGUAUUUGGACAUGUUACAGAAGCAUUUACCUCACAGAUCUAGGCAUGAGCUGGUUACACAUGAAGAAUACUGGAACCAAUAUUGUUUAAUCAGUGACCAGAAAAGAAUUUUCUUAUUAAACUGGGCUAAGGAUAAGAAAGACUUUAUACAAAAAGCUCUAACAACCAUUGCUGAAGCUUCUACUGCCCAUGAAAUAGAGAUCAUUUUGGCCCAAGACAGAAAAAAGCAGAUGAAACUCUGUGCUGUUCUGAAAGAAAAGGUUCUUCAGUGGCGAGCACAUCAAGAGGAAGAAGCAAAAUUAGACUAUAACAUUAUUAUCAGAAGGAGAGAAAAAGAAAGAAAGGAAGAGAAGCUUCGAAGGGAGAAGGAAAUCUUGCAAAGAGAAGAGGAGAAGAAAAAAAUCAAAGAGUACUGGGCUAAAAAAGAACAGAAAUGGCAAGAAAUAGAAAAGAGAGAUAUUCAGCGCCUGGAACAACUGAGGAAAGUAUUGACUGCGCAAGCAAUUAAAGACCAAAAAAGGGUCAAAUUUAGACAAGAAUUACUGGAAAAACGCUGGACAGAGAAAAAAGAAAUGGCCAUUAAGGAAACAAAGGAACAAGAAGAAAGAGAGAAGAGGCUUGAGGCCCUCAGGAAACAGGUUUCCGUUGUGGCCCAAUGGGAUCCUGUUAGAAUGAUGGCAGACACAUUGGCCUCAAAAGCCAAAAAGGGAAUUGGAAGUGAAGAAGAAUUUGUUCUUCAAAAGCCACUCUUCAAAUUGAAUACAUAUACAGAACCUCAGAUAAUUUCUGACCCUAGACUUCGCAUUGAAUUAGCUCUUCGAGAAGCUGGACUUCAUAAAACACUUUAUGCAAGAGAGAUCCUGCCAAAAAUUUGUCCCUAUAAACUUCCAAGAAAAGACAUGGCAUCUACUGUCUUUCAGAUGUAGACUUCAGGCAGAAGUCCCAUAAUAUACAAGCAAGAGCCCUUUUGAUGCCGUUCUGUAUUUAAUAUAUAAACUACUCUCAAAAGUAA